CCAUUAUAUAUUCUGCACCUCAUCCCAUCCUUGCCAAGUGCAGUAACAAGUCCAACAGCAGGCAAUAGAAGUAGAAACAGCAGUGAAUUUUGUAGCAGAGCCAGACUGAGGAGAUGGCAAGGAAGAGGAGGUGUACCGAUGGAGUAGAUGGGAAGGAGGACCCAGAUGGUGGUGCCACGAGGUGGGACGAGGCGACGGCUAUGGAGGCACUCGGAGAUGUCCGGCGUGCCCGAAAGCGCUUCGUCGGUGUACGGCAAAGACCAUCAGGUCGGUGGGUGGCAGAGAUCAAAGACACCAUACAGAAGAUUAGAAUGUGGCUUGGCACGUUUGAUACAGCUGAAGAAGCUGCCAGGGCCUACGAUGAGGCCGCCUGCCUUCUCCGUGGUGCCAAUACUCGCACCAACUUCUGGCCUUGCUCCUCUUUGCAGCCCUCGAAACCAUCAGUGUUGCCUUCCAAGAUCACCAACCUCCUCCUGAUGAGACUCAAGGCCAGAAACCACUCUGCCUUGGUCGAGAUGCAGCAGCAGCAGCAGCAGCCACAGCUACAACAACCAGGAGAAGAAGCACAUCGGCCACAAUAUGAAGAUGGCGCAGAGGAGGGGGACGACAUCCAUUUCGCAGACUUCUUAAACGAUCCAUCGAAUUCCAUGCUUCAUCUUUCUCAUGCAGAUUUAGGUGGUGCUGACUAUAUGCAUGACAGUAUCCAAGAGAGUUACACCUAUAAAGACGGCGAUCAUGUGGAUUUCACUUCGGACUAUGAACUGGGGGGAGCUGUUGAAUUUGGUGGCUGUGGAGAAGAUGAGGAGAGUCUUGACGUGGGCGUCAUGGACUUUGGUUUCAUGGAUGAGGUGCAGGAAUCAUCGUGCUUCUAUUCACCAUUUGAGAUCAUGGGUGAGAUCGAGGAGCCCAUAGAACAAGAGAGCUGUGUUGAUGAGCCGUCGAUGAUUAGAGCUGCAGUGAAGAGGAUGAAGUAUGAGAGGAAGAUCUCAGCAUCUCUGUAUGCUCUCAAUGGAAUAUCUGAGUACUUGAAGCUACAGCUCGGGGAAAGAAGGGGAGGAAGAAUGGAGGAUCAUCUCUCUGCUCUCACAAGUGCCUGCAGAGAACAGCAGCAAGGAUAUGAGAUGCAGUUGGUGGAAGGUGAAGGAGUCGAGGUAGAGGCAGAAAACUCUUCUUCAAGUUAUUCUUCCUCCUACAUCACCACCAUUUGCUCUUCCUCAUCAACAUCAUCAUCCCAAUCACCACCACCUUCUUCAGCUUUGAGUUCUGGCAGUGAAGGUGAAUUGUUCUUCUGGAGUUCUCUUGACCUCCCUCCAAUAUGAUCUGUCAAAUGGUUGGAAGACAACUUCAGCCUAUAAUAGUUCUUACCAUAAUGACAAUUUGAGUAAGCCAAAUUUGUAUUACCAUAAAAUAGAUGACUGUCUUAGGUUUCAGCAUAGCCAUCAAUUCUUCUGAUUACAAACAUUUGGAGUUCUUAAAUCUGCAUACAUUGUGUACAAAU